UUCAGAUUUAACCACGUUGUGCAAAUGAUAACACGGUAUCCCUACUGUCAUUUAAAAGUGUAGGAACGUCAACGUAGUUGUCAAAAGUGACUCACCCGUCGUAAAGAUACGUUCGUGGUGCGAGGAAAUUUGUGAAUGAAUUUAGAUCCGUGUUUCAACAUGGAAAUGUCUUUCUAUGAAAGUCGUCCCAUUAAAGAAGAACAACAACGGGAUUUACGCGCAAGUUUGAAACGAAAAAUGGAUUCCCCGUUUGAAAUUGGACCAAACGGAGAACGAGACGCCGUUGACAGACUGAAGAGAAAUAUGAAACUGGACUUCAAUUCCGCUGGAAAUAAGAAGACGAAACUGAGUCUCCUUCAGUCGCCAGAUCUGAACCUUUUGAAAUUGGCCUCGCCUGAACUCGAAAAGAUGAUCAUCCAAGCCAACGGAAUGGUGACCACCACCCCGACCCCGACACAGUUUAUCUUCCCUAAACAUGUGACGGACGAACAAGAGGCGUACGCCAGGGGGUUCGUGGAUGCAUUGGCGGAACUGCACGACAGUACCAUUCCCCAGCCACAAGAACAAGAACAACAACAGUCAACGGUCAAACAAAUUAAAGUUACUUCCAGCGCCGUUUCACAGGGUGUGACCAAAUUCAUCACAUCCAUUUCGAACGGAAAUAUGACCUACGCCACCGUGCCCACCGUCUCGCAGGGUCUGACAACCACCACGUCCCUCCCUGGAGGUCUCCACACUGUCGACCUCACCGGCAGUGUGCCCAAAACUGUUGAACAUUUGAACUCUUUUAAUAUGCCAAAAUUUCAAGUGAAGGAAGAACCACAGUGUGUUCCCAGCUUAGACUGCACCCCGCCCCUGUCUCCAAUUAACAUGGACAAUCAAGAAGUUAUCAAGUUGGAGAGGAAGAGGGCGAGAAACAGGGUGGCAGCAAGGAAGUGCAGAACGAGAAAACUUGAAAGAAUCUCAAGGCUCGAAGACAAAGUUGCUGAUUUGAAAGGACAAAAUACAGACCUGUCGACAACAGCUACCAAUCUCAGGGAUCAAGUGUGUAAAUUGAAAAAACAAAUUAUUGAUCAUGUGAACAGUGGAUGUCAGAUAAUGAUGUCGCCAAAUUUUUCAUUUUGAAAAAAAAAGAGUGAAAACAGUAUUUCAAAACAGUGCUAUAAAGAGAUCUUUGUUCAAGUUAAUUUUCUUGUCUUUCAGAUCUACAAUAUACAUGUACUGUGUGCAUGUACAUACCAAAAUUAAGACAUUUCGGAACAUUUGAUGUACCUUUUACAAAACAUCUCCGAACUUAAGAAUUAAGUUUCUUUUCUACUUCCGUCUGACAUUUAUAAGGAGAAAAAUUUACACUUGGGAACAGUGUCUGUGAUGAUGCAAUGUAGCUGUUGAUCAGCUUUUUGUAAUAUGCAGGAAUUUUUUUCAACCUGACUCCAUUUCUGAGAUUUAUUUUUGUACAUACGGAAUUGAAUGUUAAUUUUUUGGUGCUUUUUUUGUAAGUUCUGUUCCAUGUACAUGCAUUUACAGUCAUGAUAUCAUGAAUCAUUGUUACUAUGUUGAUACAAGUGCUUGUAUAUAUAUAUAUUGGAAACCACAUUCAUCCAUUAAAUUAAGAGUUUAUUACAAAG